CAGACAUCUAACAAACAGGUUACUUUGUGUUUUAUUAUUUGCUCCACAAAAUGACAAAUAAGAACCCAAAGCCGGCAUUAAACGACCGUUUCACCGCCAACACUGAAGAAAUGUCGCGUUUUUGACGUUAAGAGUGACACGAACGGUGUUGUUUAAGCUGAUUCGUUGUCUUCCAAGUAGUGAUUCCGGUUCAUUGGGAAGGUUUGAACUGCUUUUUGGAAAGUGACCAUUGUUGUAAUCAGGUCGAAGCUGUUAUCAUUCCCACCUACUGACUUUUCUUAGUUUUUUUAACGUAGUAACACCAUAUAGAACCAACACAAGUUUUUUUUAGUGUCAUGAAAGAAAUGUCAAGCGCCAUGCCUAGUGGGCAGCAGCAGCCGCCCCAGAAACACUAUGGGAUCACCUCUGCCAUUAGUCUCGCGCCCCCACGAGAAAUUGACCACGAGUACACCAGAAAGCUCUGUGAGGCCAUGCAACCAUUUGGGGUUUUUGAAGAUGAGGAGGAGCUGAACCACAGACUUGCUGUUCUUGGGAAACUGAACAACUUUGUAAAGGAAUGGAUCGCAGAGAUCAGUGAAUUAAAGAACCUUCCUCCAUCGGCUAUCAGCUGCGUCGGAGGCAAAAUAUUCACAUUUGGCUCCUACAGACUCGGAGUGCACACAAAAGGAGCCGACAUCGACGCCUUAUGUGUUGCUCCACGCCACGUAGACAGAAGCGACUUUUUCCAGUCUUUCUUUGAGAAGUUAAAACAACAUGAAGAGAUUAAAGAUCUCAGGGCUGUUGAGGACGCGUUUGUACCGGUGAUAAAAUUCAAGUUUGAUGGGAUUGAGAUUGACUUGCUAUUUGCCAGACUGGCCUUACAGUCCAUUCCAGAUAACCUGGAUUUGAGAGGAGACUCCAUCCUGAAGAACCUGGACAUCCGCUGUAUCCGCAGCCUGAACGGUUGUCGAGUUACAGAUGAAAUUUUGUACCUGGUGCCAAACAAAGAGAACUUUAGACUGACGUUAAGGGCCAUCAAACUGUGGGCGAAACGUCGAGGAAUCUACUCCAACAUGCUGGGCUUUCUCGGGGGAGUAUCGUGGGCCAUGUUGGUGGCCAGGACAUGCCAGCUCUACCCCAAUGCUGUGGCUGCCACGCUUGUUCACAAGUUCUUCUUGGUCUUCUCCAAAUGGGAAUGGCCUAAUCCGGUGCUAUUGAAACAACCUGAAGACAGUAAUCUGAAUUUACCUGUGUGGGAUCCCAGAGUGAACCCGUCUGACCGAUAUCACCUGAUGCCCAUCAUCACACCUGCCUACCCUCAGCAGAACUCCACCUACAACGUCUCCACAUCAACGCGCACCAUCAUGAGCGAAGAGUUCAAAUACGGUCUCAGCGUCACAGAUGAGAUCCUUCAAGGCAAAGCAGAGUGGCCCAAGCUCUUCGAGCCUCCGAGCUUCUUCCAGAAAUACAAGCAUUACAUUGUUCUGACUGCAAGUGCAUCAACAGAGGAAAACCACCUAGAAUGGGUCGGCCUCGUGGAGUCAAAGAUCCGGGUCCUGGUGGGGAACCUGGAACGGAACGAGUACAUAACUUUGGCUCAUGUCAACCCUCAGUCCUUUCCGGGUUCCAAAGAAAACCGCAGCGAGAAUGACUUUGUCUGCAUGUGGUUCAUUGGAAUCAUCUUCAAAAAGGUGGAAAAUGCAGAGAGCGUGAACAUCGACCUGACGUACGACAUCCAGAGCUUCACAGACACUGUUUACAGACAAGCCAACAACAUCAACAUGCUGAAGGACGGCAUGAAGAUUGAAGCCACGCAUGUGAAGAAGAAGCAGCUCCACCAGUAUCUGCCUCCUGAGCUGGUCCAGAGGAAGAAAAGGAGCAUAGCAGAGGUGAACCGUGGCUCCAACGGUGGAAACCCGAAGCGCUUGUCUUUGGACAACAGUCACCUGGACAGCUCCAGAGACACAGACUCAGGGACUCCCUUCAGUUCUCCAACCAGCAAGGCCCUCAAACCUCCAUCAGAUCCAGACGACGGUCCCCCAAAGCAGCUGGUUGUGGAGAGCCCCCCCACACCCAGCGCAGCCGCAGCUGCUGCUGGAGACCCAGGCAUGUCAUUGCCGGCUAUCGGCUCAAAGCCUCCUUCCAAGACGAAGCCUCCUUCUCCACCCGCCAGCGGCGCCAUCAACACAGUGCCGAGCGCGGACGUGAACCCCAGCGCCACCAGCAGCCCCAAAGAGGAGCCCAACGGCCUGGAGGAACCCGUCAACGGAGGCGCCACCAAGAGGCCGCACUCCCCCACACAAGAGGACCUGGCCAAAAAGCCCAGAAGCACAGAUGUUGUGUCCAGUGAUGAUGCUGCAUUUAAAGAGCCAUAUCCACCAUCCUCUGACUCCCAUCCAGCCGGAGACGCACCGAGCACCCCUCCUCACUCUGGUUCCAAGGAAAAGCCCAUUCCAACCAUCGAUACCUCAAGAACACAGAGACUUCCCAGCAUGGAGCUGCCAGACGCCUCGUCUCCUCUCCCCGCCAGCAACAGCUGUCGGGUCGUGAAAAACUCCAUUAAGCUGGCGCUCAACCGCCACAGCAUCACACCCCCGAAGCCCCCGAUGUUUGAUGACAGCCUCUCCAGCGAUCCUGCUCCUGCCAGCGAGGAGAAGGGAAUGUCCAUCCCCGUCAUCGGAUCCAAACAUGUUGCUCCCAAAAGCGUGGCGCCCCCCGUCGGCAGCUCCAUCCCCACUUUAGUGAGUCGAGUCGUGGACCCCCUAAACGGGGCGGGAUCAAAAAGACCCCACUCACCCUCUCUGGAGGAGCAGGCCAAGCGGCUGAAGGAAACAGAGAAAGCCAGAAUCCACAUAGCUUGAAGAAACCAAACGGACAGGAUUCUUUCUCACGUGGAGGCGGGGCUUCGCUGGCCAAACGGCAGCAGGAGGAAGAGGAGGACACACGGUUGGGAGCGUUUCCGGGUCGGUUCGGUCUGCCUCCUGACACCGCAGGACCGGCACCUCAGCUCAGAUCCUUCAGAUUCCAGGUUUGAUCGCGGGUUUGUUCAGUGCUGCCAUGCUCUCAGCUUUUGGGCGUUGAACCCUCGAGCUCUGGAGACGAGGCAGAGAACUAAAGCAGCAACAGCCUCCUCUCCCUCUGUGUAAACACACGGAAAACGAGCUGUUCCUUUCAUUUUCCUCCUUUUUUCAGUCCUUGCGUUUAAAAAGAUCAGUUCCUGAUGCUUGCUGCUCUCCCGUCUGGAGUAAGCCGGUUUCUUUUCUUGGUUUCCUUUGGUCCUCAGCAGAAAUCUGUACAGUAAAUGUUGAUGUGCAUAACUUUUUGUCUUAAGAAGAGCAAAAGAUCUCUGAGAAGUCUUUUGAUCAUUAUAUUGUAGUUUUAUCUAAAAAUGAAAAAAUAGUUUAAAAAAAUUGUAAAAAAAAAAAUUUUCCUCUCUCGACUACUUGUUUAAAAAAAAAAAGAAAAAACAACAAAAAACAACAAAAAUGCGUCCAGCCCUGGAGACUUGUGAAGACGCUGGAUUGUGUGGAAGCAGUGGGAGGGAGCAGACCUCCCCAAGGAGGACUCCAGGUCAGCCGUGGGUUUGCAGUGAGUAGAUGAUUGGAGCUUCUCAGGUGCCGGUUAAAAAUGACAAAAAAACAUCCUCAUGUCAACAGCAACAUCUGUGUUUUCUGGGAGUGCUGUUCCUUUUUUUUUAAAGAAUGAUUGAUGUUUAAUGUGAAGAAUCAUAGCAGAAUGACGUGUACCAGAAUAUGUCAGAUUGAGCAGCUGGUGGUUUCCUUCAUGGCAUGUUGGAGCCGCCAUCACUAAAGUCUGACCGCGACCUGCAGGAUCACACACCUUACCUUCUCCCCCGCCACACACACCUGUCCACCCUCACUCAUCUCCCUUCCGGGGCAGCGGGUCUGUUUGAGAGUCUGCGGUGUCGAAUGAGAGGAGUUGUGCGUUUGUGUGUGCGAGCUCGCUGGAUGCGUUGGCGCCUCGGAGGGAGAUCUCACUUGGUUUCGGGUGCUCUGCGCCUCCUGUGGAGGUUCUUAAAAGGCAUCUUCUGGGCGGACGACUCUCUGGUGGGUGGGGGGGGAUGCCUCCUCCUUGUCUGCCUUUGGCCCCGCCUCUCCACGCUGAAGCUGGGUGUCUGCACAGGAGAUACAUGCAUACUUCUUAGUGUGAGUGAAGCCCCCCCUCAGUGGAGCAGGCAGUGAGUUGGGGGUGCAGGCCUCUUUAGAUUUUCUCUUGUUUUUCUUCUGCAUCCCAAACUAAACGUAAAGAGGGCCAUUUCUUUUUCAAAAUGCAUACUCUUCAGAAUUAGGGGUUUUCUUAUCACUUUAUUUAUAUUUGCAUAUUUGUACCAUGUGAUUUUUUUUUUUUUUUUUUUUUUUAUCGCAUUCAUAGCAGGUAGGUCUUUUGAAAUCGAUCUGCUCCAUUCUGUUCCAACAUGUUUUGCUCUUCAGAAACAUUUAACAAAACAGGUUGUUUAGAUGUUUGUUUCUAAAAUGUAUUGAAAGGGUAUUUUUGUAUGUGUUUCACUUCCUUUAAAUCAAUUCACACACCUAUUAAACCCCUAAAAACUA